UAAGCUUUGGGGCGUACAUUUCAUGUUGUCAACCUGCAAGCAAUUAAUAGCCCGCAAACCGCGACCACGCUAACUCAUUAAGCUAAACAAAUAGAACUAAAAGUAAAUGCAUUUAAAAUUAUAGUCCUAAUUGUAAGUACAUGGCGAACCGUGAUGUAUUCUCCAAGAUAUUGCCAAAUGUUAAAUUGGCAACCCGAUAUGACGCCGAAGGCAAAGAAGUUCAGGUGGAACGACGUGAAGACUCGGAUGCCGUCGCCAAGGAGCAGGACACAUUUGAUAUGCUCGUAGCAGCCGGAUACUACCGCGCGCGUAUAAAGGGACUAUCGGCCUUCGACAAGGUCGUAGGUGGCAUGACAUGGUGUAUUGAGUGCUGCGACUAUGACGUGGAUGUGGAUUUACUUUUUCACGAAAACCUAACUAUAGGCCAAAAAAUCGCGCUCGUAGAGAAAAUUGUUGCCGUUUUGCCAGAAAUGAGUUGCCCCUUCAGUUUAGAGCCUCAUCAGAUACAGGGCCUGGAGUUUAUUGCUAUUCAUCCUGUUAUACAGUGGCUGGUCAAGACGUCCGUGGAAAAUCGAGAGGAGCGGGGACAGCGCCUAAAGAGGUUCGCAGUUGGUCAAUUUCACAAUCAUUAUCAGUAUAAAACUGAUAAGGACAAUUUAACAAAAAUACGCAAUGCCUCCGUACAUAUUAAAACUAUACAGGACAUCUACUGUCCUAAAAGGCAAUACGAGCGUAAAGAGGCAGCUGGUACAGACGAUCUGCUACGCGUACGUUUAACGCUGUUGGAGUAUGGCGAUAUGGAUUUCUCGUCUAAAACACUAAACGACAGUCAACUGGUAGAUACUGAGCCAAGUAUUGAACAACUACUUAAAAAUCUUUCGGUCACUAAAGAGCACUCGCCUUUGCGGCAGUUAAAACGUAUAGACCUUGAUCCGAGUGCGCGUAAUGCAUUGCACCAGCACUAUGCCGAUUUUAAACUGGAAAUGCAAACCGACCCUAUGGAACUGGCAUCACAAAAUCAACAGAAACGAUUGGAGGCUGCUCAGGUGGCAUUAGAACACAAAAUCAAGCGUUACAAUAGAGAAAAUGAGCAGUUGGCAUUAGCUGCCGAUGAGCAACAAAAGCUAACUUCUGAGCAAGAGCAAAAACUUCAGACGUUAAAAGCGGAGCUCGAGGCACAUAAGCAGACAGAGGCAAAUGCAGAUGUCACGCUCUUAGAAAAGGUGCGCACCCUGCUGCAUCAGCAUGAUGAGUUAAAAAAAGGAGAAACUGAGUUCAAAGAGAAAUGUCGCAAUGAUUUGGCAAACUUGCAGCAAGAAAUUGACGAACUAGAAGCAUUUAAUGCACAGGAGCCGGAGGAGCAAGCCGCUGCCGUAACAAGCGAACAGUUGCGAUUAAAGGAAUUGCGGCUGCAGUUGGCCAAGCGGAAUCGCGGCAUAGUUGCUAUUGAACGAAAAUUGGAUGCAAUACCCGAUCGUACAGAGCUUUCACAGUACCAGCGCCGGUUUCACGAACUCUACAACGAAAUGAGUGCCAAACACUUGGAGACCAAACAAUAUUACACGCUUUACAACACACUUAAUGAUAAGAAGCGGUACCUGGAGAAAGAGCUCUCGCUCCUGAAUUCCAUUUGCGAAGCCUACAACGAAGGCAUGCUGAGCCAGCAUGGUCGGGAAGAUUUUAUCAAGCAAUUCGAAGCAAUCGUCGAUGGAGUUAAGAGUGCUCAUGACAAAGUACGACAUAAGUACAACGAAGAGCGUCUAAAGCGCGAUGAACUCAACGAAGAGCUUCAGUCUCUGCUUGAAUUGCAGCGUCAAUAUGCGGCUGCUGUUAAACAGCUGACGCGUGAGUGCCAGCGCUCCGAGCAACUGCAGCAGCAUUUAAAGUCACUUAAAAAGGCGUAAAAGAAAACUUUGUCUUAUGUAUUUAAAAAGAUUCCAGUUUGUCCAAUUGCUGGUGUCACCAGCUUUUGUUGUAGGUAGUUAAGUAAACCUUGAACUUGUUAUUUUUAAAUACCUUUGCAACUUACUGCUCUAUAUCUACUUGCAUGUUUUUAUGUUGAUCUGCAAGAAAGGCUAUUAUUUUUGUACUCUAAAAUUGGUACCACCAAAUAUGGUAAAUCUGAUUAUUAUGUGUAUUUAGCCGCCAUAAAGACAAUCUCCCACAAGGCGUCAAAAAUUUAUAUUUUAUGUAAAAUUCAAGAAGUUGCAAGGGCAUACAA